UCUGUGUACAUGGUGUUUCAUUUUAUUAUUGAAAAACCGUACGUAUGCGUCAGGACAGGCUUUCCAGUGGACAACUAUAAUGCCGCGGAAACAAGCCUGCAAGUCGAAGCCACGCUUUGAGUAAUAACUGGUCAGAAAUAUUAUUUUGGUUUGUGAAAUUGUUUACUAAGUGGUGGAUUUCAGUAGAUUAGAAUAUCAUGCAAAUGUAAACGUAAAGUGAUGCUGUUUAAAACGUGAAACUCACUAUACAAGUUUAUUACCAAUGUAGUGAUGUAGUUUAAGCGUUUAUUUUGGUUAAUUUUGAUUAUUAUGGCUCAAAGCUAAUUAAAAAACUAAAACAAAAUGUUCUGAAAAUCUUAUAUUAAACAAGACCAAUAAACUAUUUUGUUAAUGUUUAUACAAGGAAGGUAAGGCAAGAACAUAUUUGCUAAUGAAACUGACUGUUCAAAUCGUGUUGUAUCCAAACAUUAAUUGAAAAAUGUGGUAGAAAAAAGUGCACAAACAACUGGGAAAACUAAAGCAUUGAGAGGUGUAUCCAGUGUGAUGUUUAUGUACACCUGGCCUGUAGGUGGCAGUGUUGAGUUGUCUGUUAUAUACAACAGAGAGUAAAGGAAAUUCAGCAAUCUCUCGUGUCUGUCAAUGCUAACGCCUCCCAACAGGUGAGAUACGUACACAACAUGGUGUCACAGUAAAGAAAUAAGCGUCAAAGAGAAUAUGGAGCAUCUGAAGCCACCGAACAGCCUGUGCUUGGAAGGAAACCUGGUGCAAAAUUGGUGUUCAUGGUUACAAAGGUUUGAGCUCUUCCUCCUGGCAAGCGGGAUCUCUGAAAAUUCAGAAAAGUACCAAGUGUGGAUCAGCAUGUGAAGGGGCGGAAGCAUCAGACUCUGAGCACAGUCCGGUCCACCAGAAAAAGCCAUGAGGAGCACAGUGUGUUCGUUAGUGGCAUCAAACCAGAGAUCUCUCAGACUGAUUUGACUGAGUACUUUCAGCAGUUUGGGGCCGUCACUGAUGUCAUCGUGGAUAAAGACAAGGGUGUUUACGCCAUCGUGCAGUUUAGUGAGACGGAGAGCAUACAGGCAGCUCUGUCCUGUGUCAUGCAUCGGCUGAAAGGUCUGACGCUGCGGGUUAAACCACGGGAAAAGAAGGAGUUUAAACUGAUUCCCAAGAAGAAAAAUGCUCCUCAAGACCUCCAACAAAUUUUUGAUCGUCUCAAGCCUGAGCUGUGUCAGCUACUUUCGGUGGAUUCCCAGAUGAAGUUCAUAGUUGAGCGAUUUCAGCUGGGAGAAAAUGAAAAGAAGGCCCGAAGCUUGGUGGUUCAACUCCUCCAGGAGGUCUUUGUUGAAUUCUUUCCAGACAGUCAGAUUUUGCUCUUUGGUUCAUCUGUCAACACUUUUGGCAUUCACUCCUGUGAUUUGGACCUGUUCCUGGACCUAGAAAACACCAAGACAUUUCAAGCGCGGGCCAAGACUUCCACAGAGCAGGCAGGUGAAGGAAUGUCAGAUGAAGGCCAAUCUGAGGACUCCAUCCUUUCUGACAUCGAUCUGUCCACAGCAUCUUCGGCCGAGGUUUUAGAACUUGUGGCAACCAUUCUUAAACGUUGCGUCCCCAGUGUUCACAAAGUUCACAUGGUCAGCGCUGCUCGCCUCCCUGUCGUCAAGUACCAUCACCGCGAGCUGAACCUGCAAGGAGACAUCACUCUUAACAACAGACUUGGUGUAAGGAACACCCACUUCCUCCAGCUUUUGUCAGGUGUGGAGGGGAGGCUGAGGCCUCUGGUGUUCACCAUCCGAUAUUGGGCCAAGCAGAAGCAGUUAGCUGGUAACCCCAGUGGUACUGGCCCCGUCCUCAACAGUUAUGCUCUGACGCUGCUAAUCAUCUUCUUCCUGCAAAACUGUGAGCCUCCUGUCCUCCCCACAGUCAACCAGCUCAAAGACAUGGCCUGUGAGGAGGAGGAGUGUGUGAUUGAGGGCUGGAACUGCACUUUCCCCAGUCAGCCCAUUGCUGUGCAACCCAGCAAGAACACACAGGACAUCUGCUCUCUGCUUGCUGGCUUCUUUUCCUUCUAUGCACAGUUUGAUUUCGCUAGCAGUGUCAUAUCUCUCAGGGAGGGUCAUGCACUUCCAAUCACUAACUUCCUUUCCCAAGAUAAAGAUGAUGAAACAAUGCAGGAAGGACAAUCCUCCAAGUCUGAUUCGCACCAUCCCAAACUGGGUCCCCUAAAUCUCUUAGACCCUUUUGAGCUUUCCCACAAUGUGGCUGGAAAUGUGAACGAGCGCUCACUGCGUACCUUCCAGAAGGAGUGCCAGGAGGCCGAGAAGUACUGCCGCAGCCUGCGCUAUCAACGCAAGAGCAACAAGGGGAAGUCUUGGGGACUGGUUCGCUUGCUCACCCCACUUGGAGAUGUUCAACAGGCCAAACCAGAGCAGCUGGUCAUCAGCAUCCCCUUCAAGUCAGCAUCACUCGCAGAGGUGCUCCGCGAAGAGCUGCACUUGGCAGGAGAUGGUUUCAGGCUGCUGUGGUUCCAGAAGGUUUGCUCUGCUGUGGAGGUUGUUCUGAAAACUGUUCUCAAGUGUCUUCUUGAUGCCUCCACAGCUGGCGUUCUUGGCGAGAAUUCAGAUGUUGGUGUCGAAGAGAUGGAGACCACAACAUCAUCGUUGAACGACAGCACCCAGAGUGUUGAAUCUCAAAGCGAAAGCAGCCCUCAGUGUGUAGCCGCCGUUGGUGCCAAGAGGCCUCUGUCCUCUGGCAGCGAUUCCUCAGUGUCGCCUCAUGGCAAAAAGCCAAGACUGGCAAGAAGGGGGAAGCUUAAAUUCCCUCCAUGGAUAGUUGUCCAAAAGCACAUGGUGUGGGUUGGCAGGCGGAAAGUCAGACGGGAGCUAAUGCAAGAUGCAGACUGCAGGCCUGAGGGCAGCUGCAUGGAGCUAGAGUCCCAAGUCACAGCUUACAUCACUGAAAAAGAGCCAGAACUGAAGGAGCCCCUGAAGUUUAAAGUUUGCCCCCAGAUGGUCAGUGGAACGCAAAACACAAGGGUGCUGCUGAAGCUGGAGCCAAGCAGUGACGAGGCGGGAAUUUUCCAUGACUUCUUUCACUUCCUGGAGGCAUUUGUUCCCAAGAUGGUAGAGACGCUGCUGGAAAAAGGAACGGGCAAUGCUUAAAGUGAGACAUGCUUUACAUCUUUCUCCAAUAAUGGCAAAAAAAAAAACACUUUCUUGAGUGAAUGGGAAGGAGCUUUACUGUUAGUUUAUAUGUAACUGCUCAAUUAUUACUAUAUAAAUGUCAAGUUUGUAAUGUUUUUCUUUUAUGCUGCAUCUUUGUCCGAGUUGAGUUUGUUCUUGCAUCAUUUGAUUACGCCCUUAUUAAGCCUCUUCUCAACUUGAGACUUGGCAUUGUUUUUUGUUGGCUUUUCUUUCUAAUGAUUCUCAUGAAUCAUGAAAAUUGUGUGAAAAUGAAUAAAAUCCUUUCUCAUUCUGAAA